AGGGGCUGUUCGCGCGAAUGUCGUCGUGCGUUCGGCGACGGGACGAUUGAAUUUCCGCCUGCCUGCUCGCCACUUCGGCGGAAUUGGUUGCCAGUGCGCAAUUCGGAGCGUCGUUGCGUUGCACUUUCGCCGUGGAGAUUGUGUUUGAGGACCUGGACGCCUGGAGGAGCAGGGUUUCGAUCCCCGCGCGGUGUUUAGGGUGGCGAGAGAAUUUUGGGCCGAGGGCCGCUAGAGAGGUCGCAACAGUAGUCUCAAUGCGAAAGUCGCAGCAGGGUCCUACCCCGUCGUUGCUGACACGGGCGGUGGAAUCCGUAUUUUGGUUCGUUCGACUGGCAGAAUUCGAGAUCCUUUUCGUUCUUUUUUUCGUAAUCGUGUUCCUUCUCUUCAAAGACCUGACUGCUCGGCCUGAGUACAACCAACUUCUUUCUCGGAAGGCUGAGCAUCGCUUGCCCUUUUGAGAAAUGUUCAAGAAUACUUUUCAGUCGGGCUUUUUGUCCAUUCUUUACAGUAUCGGGAGUAAGCCACUGCAAAUAUGGGAUAAAGAAGUGGUGAAUGGACAUAUAAAGAGGAUUACUGAUGAAGACAUCCAGUCGAGUGUGUUGGAAAUCAUGGGGACCAAUGUCAGCACGAACUUCAUUACGUGUCCUGCUGAUCCUAGUGCUACCCUGGGAAUCAAGCUUCCGUUUUUGGUGAUGAUUAUAAAGAAUCUCAAGAAAUACUUUACGUUUGAGGUUCAGGUGCUUGACGACAAGAAUGUUCGACGAAGGUUUCGUGCUUCUAAUUAUCAGUCAUCUACCCGCGUCAGACCGUUCAUUUGUACAAUGCCUAUGAGAUUGGAUGAGGGCUGGAACCAGAUACAAUUCAAUCUGUCGGAUUUCACCAGACGAGCUUACGGCACGAACUAUGUGGAGACCUUGCGUGUUCAAGUGCAUGCAAACUGUCGCAUUCGAAGAAUCUACUUUUCGGAUCGACUGUACUCAGAGGAAGAGUUACCCCCGGAGUUCAAGCUUUUCUUACCUAUACAGAAAACUUGAUGUGUUCCGACUAGAUGAAACACCUCUACGGAUAUGUCGUGCUGGACAUACCGAUUGCAUGGUUAGUAAUUCGAAUUGACCCUGGAGCAGCUGCCGAAGGCCCAGUGAAGGUUGGCCUUUGUUAAGAUGGGCUGAUGGAACCCAUGAAUCCAGGUAAAGCGAGCGGCAAGGGUUGUGAAGAAGAGUUUUGAUUUGAUAUGCCAGACGUAGAUCUAUUCUUAAUCUAGUAGAUUUAUGGGACAACUGAUAGUUUCACUGAGGAAGGAUAGUAUUUGCAUCUGAAAUUUUGUGGUUCCUUGGUAUUCCCUUUUGGUGGAUUAUCGGAGGUCCUGUAUAAUCGCUCUUGGAGAUAAAUUAUGGGAGAAUUUAAUCCAAAGCUCU